GCUGGCUUCUCUUCCUGCAACGGGGUCUCUCCACCACGCCUUUUUCCUUAUUUGCCUGUAGACCACCCCCUCGCCACUCAAGCAGUUUUUCGAUACUUUUUGAUGUCCUAUGAAUGAACACAUUUAGUAGCGCAAGAGCGUAGAAUCAACAAAAAAGAAGCCAAAUACUCCGCGAUAACGUCUGCGCUCUUGCUACUAUUUUAGCCCAUCGCGCCGGAGAGCAUUUUUUCUUCUCUUCCUUUCUGCAUUCAGAAUACACGACUUUAAAAUGACAGCACGGCAUCGAAAAGGGAAAAGCAACCACAAAUUCGAUGAGAACUCUUUUAAACACGAAGCGUUGGAAGCAGAGUCACGAGGAGGAAAUCACUAUGCAUUAUUGUUUAUUUUAUUCCUAAUGAUCGUGAUCGGAGGGGCAACUGUCGCCUGGUUCUGCCUCCAACAGCACCAGACCAUAACCUACUUGGCCGACAACCUCAUGGGGGUACAAAUGAAAAUGGUGAAGCUCCAGACGUUCCAAGAAGAAAUGCGAAAGACAAACGAAAAGCUCCACAGCUCAGAGGGGUUCGAGCACAGGCUGCAUGCGCUUGAGGAGGCUUACGUGCAGGCCCAGAAGCAGGUGGGCGUGGCCUUGGCCACGGCCGAGCAGUUGAAGACCUCGGACCUCCCCGCCCAGGUGCUGUCGCUGCACACUGAGAUGAAGGCCCGGCUGGAGGAGGUCCAGCAGUCGGCCGUCUCCACAGAGCAGCUGGCCCUCCUGCAGGGGGCGCUGCGGAGCCGCAGCGAGGAGUUCGAGGCCUUCCAGGCGGACGUGGCGGCGCUGGGCGGGGCCAAUGCUGACCUGACCGUCACCGUGGAGGGGCUCUCCGGUGGGCUGGCCACCGCCGAAUCUAAGCUGGAGGAGCAAGCUGGCCGGGUGGGCGCCCUGGCCUCGCAGCUGGAAGGCCAGAUCGUAGACCUGUUGAGCCUGAGGGAGGCCCUGGCCCUUCACAAGGCCCAGCUCGAGGCCAGCUCACAGGAGAUUGUGGUUGUGAGAGAGCUUCUGGAGGUGGGAGAGGCCCAGAAGGCCCAACUGGUGACUGUGGAGGAGCAGCUCAGUUCGGUUCGACACAGCCUGGAAGAGCAAAAUAUGGUGGCCCAGUCCCUGCAUUCAGAGCUGAAAGCACAGCUCCAUGCUAUCCAGAGCCAGGUCAAGCAGUUUGAGGGCUCUCAGACUGAGGAGGCACAAGCAGAAGAACAUGGGGAGCAGGCUGCUCCUGCUUUGGAGGAGGUGGCAUGGAAUGAGCCAGUUCAGGAAGAGGAGCAGGUAACAGCUCCUGUCCCAGAAGAGGUACCAUCAGAGCAGGCUGUGGAGGAGCUGUUAGCACCUGUGCUGGAGGAGGUACCAUCGGAACAGCCACUGGAUGAGGAGGUGACUGCUCCUGUGCCGGAGGAGGUGCCAUCGGAAGAGCCAGUGGAGGAGGAGGAACUGGCUGCUCCUGUACCAGAGGAGGUGCCAUCAGAACAACUGAUGGAGGAAGAAGAGCUCCCUGCCUCUGUGCCCGAGGAGGCUCCUGAGGAGCAGCUUGUGGAGGAGGAGGCACAGGCAGCUGCUGACCCCGAGGAGGUCCCUCAGAGUGAGGAGGAACCUGCUCAACAGGGGCAAGAGGAGCAGACUUUGCCAAUUGAGGAGGAGGUGGGUUUGAGUGAGGAAGACCUUGUAGACUCCAGAGGAGCACCAGAGGAGGUGCAGGAGGAGGUACAAGAGGAGUUAGCAGAGCAGGGAGAUGACACACUGGAGGAAGAGGAACAGCUAGUUGAGGAGGCCCAGAUCAUUGAAGAGGCUAUGGAGCAGACAGAAGAAGGAGAUGCUUUCUUGGAACAAGAAUAGAAUAAGAUGCUAAUGUGAAGACAACUCAGUCUUCCUCAACUCCUCCAACCCUCCCAAGUCAUUGGAAAGAAUGGACUUAAAUUAAGAGACAAGCAGGAAGCCGUUGCUUAGUUGAGGUAUCUUUUUUGUUUCUUUGGAAAGGGAAAGCCAGUCACACUAACUCACACUUCCGUGUUCUGUCUGUGCAAAUUUUACCUCAGCUGAAGGGAGUUUGGAUUCCAGAGCACACAGGCAAGCUAAGGGGACAAAUUCAGGACUCUUCAUGGUACCGUUAACCUCAGAAGCCUUAAACCAUUCUAAUAAACCAGUUGUCUUUACACAUUUUUCCCCAUAAAUCAAAAUGGCUAUAUUGUUUUGUUUGUUUUUUGGAGGGGAAAACUUUACUCACCAUGGCAGCAGCUGCUCACGGGGCAUAUCAGUUUAACAGGACAACAAAGUGGGCACAGAGCCAGAAUAAAAAUGCUCACUUUUUUUCCUAUCUGACGAGAAUCUCUUCAUUAAAACUUGCAUUAAAUUGUGGGAAAAUGGCAUGAAAGACCGGAAUAUCUAAUGUGUGCAUUUAGGGUGUUUAAAAUGUACAUGAAAUGGGUUAAGCAAUUGGCCCAUAUCAAAAAGGGGCUACAUCUGUGAAUUUCUGACACUUUCUUAUGAUCAUCCGCUGGGCAAGUGUGAUGAUUUAAGAUCAUUUUUAUUCCUUUUUUAUUUUCUCUGUAGUAAGACAAACUGCACUGUAACUGCCGGGCAUGGGCAAAGUCUCAGCCUAACAUACACCUCAGAUCUCAGAGUUUUAAAUAAACUACGGUUCCUCCCUUUUUUGUACA